ACAUUUUGACAAAUUUUGAAAUUUGUCUAUUGAAUUCUACAUAACAUACCUGGUUUCUCAUCACGUUUAAGUUCCAUAAUCAUAUGUUUAGUGCCGCCACAAAGAAAUUUCAUACACUUUUAAAUCUUUUGUUAAUGCACAUCCCAGCAAUUUAUGUUAAAAUAUUUAACAAUUACAUUUAGAAAAAUGAGUAAGAAAAAUUUGAUAAAAGACACUUUAUCAAAGAACUUGAAAAAACAGAAUGAAACCACAAUUAAUGAUGUUGUAGACAUAGAGGAUUUUGCUACAACCUCAACGAAGUCUCUAUAUUUUUCACCUUUACAAACUCGACGUCAACGUCAAAAUAAUCAAACAAAGAAAACACAACCAAAGGAGGAGACAAAUUUAGAACCAAAGGUAAAAUCAAAGUCGAAAACAAAUAAUGAAAUAAAGUCUGCACAAAAGGUGGAAACAAAAUUGGUUACUCAAAAGUCAAAACCAAAAACUGAACUAAAGUCGGAGUCAAAGAUGAAAUCGAAUAUAGAACAAGGAUUGGAAAACGUUUCUAAAGUACGUGAAACUGUUAAGCUAGCGUGGGAACCUGAUAAUUGGGAAUUAUGCUUGGACAAUAUACGUAAAAUGCGCAAUGUGGCAUCAGCACCUGUUGAUACUAUGGGAUGCCAUAAGUGUUCAGAUGAUGAUGCAGAUGAAAAGACACAACGUUUUCAAAAACUUGUUGCGUUGAUGCUUUCCAGUCAAACUAAAGAUGAGACUACAUUUGAUGCUAUGCAACGUUUAAAAAAUAAUGGUCUGACUCCGGAAUCGAUUGUAGCAAUGGAAACUACUAAGUUGGAACAAUUAGUGCAUCCAGUUUCAUUUUACAAAAAUAAAUCCAAGUAUUUACAACAAACUGCACGUAUACUUAUUGACAAGUAUGAUUCUGACAUACCAAACAACAUUAAGGACUUGGUUGCGUUACCUGGUGUGGGACCAAAAAUGGCACAUAUUUGCAUGGCUACUGCUUGGCAACAAGUAACAGGCAUUGGAGUUGAUGUACAUGUUCAUCGCAUUUCAAACCGCUUGCGUUGGGUACAAAAUGAAACAAAACAGCCAGAACAAACCCGUUUGUUAUUAGAAUCAUGGCUACCACGUGAUUUGUGGCAAGAAGUGAAUCAUUUAUUGGUUGGUUUUGGACAAACGGUUUGCACACCAGUUCGUCCUAAUUGUGCUAAUUGUUUAAAUAGAGAUAUUUGUCCAUCAGCUGAGAAAACAGCAAAAAUUAAAGCUAAACCAAAAUCUGAACAAUCCAGUGCGGAUAGUGAGAUUUCGCCAAUUAAGAAAUAUAAAUAUCAGCCUAAAAAGCAAAUGCAUUCGUAAAUUAUCAAUUUGUUUAUUUAUAUUUUUUUGUUAACUUUAAAUCCUUUAUUAAUAAUAUUAUAAUUAUAAGAUUUUGUUACAAUUGCUUUAUUAGUU